AUAUUUAAUAAUAAUGUAUCUGAAUUUUCUUUUCAACCUUAAAAUUUUUCUCUCAGUUCAAUUAUAGAAUAAUCACUAUUGCUAGCUCAAAGUUGUGUUGAAAUGAUGCAACCUGUUAAAAGGUUUGGAUUAAUGGUGUUACAAACUCUCUUCUUCAUAUUUGGAGUUUAUGUUCAUGGUAGUGAUGCUAAUAAUCAGUUGAAUGUGACUUGUUCUGAGUAUGAGAGAAAUGCUCUUCUUGACUUUAAAACUGGUCUUGAAGAUCCACUAAACCAGCUUGAAUCAUGGAAAGGAAGCAAUUGUUGUCAAUGGUGGGGAAUAGGGUGUAACAAGGCUGGAGCAGUUAUUACAGUUGAUCUUCAAAACAGGUAUGACUUCUACAACCUUAGUGGGGAAAUAAGGCCUUCAUUGACAAAACUCGAGUCUUUGAGGUACUUGGAUUUGAGUUUCAACACAUUCAAAGGCAUCCCGGUUCCUAAAUGGUUCGGAUCCUUGAAGCAUUUGAGGUAUCUAAACCUCUCUAAUGCAGGGUUUAGUGGUUCAUUUCCUUCAAGUAUAGGAAAUCUCUCUAGAUUGGAGUAUCUUGACAUAGAAUGUUCCUACAUUGACUUAUUAGAAUAUUCAUUCGGGUUAUAUGUUGAUAAUCUCGAAUGGAUUACGGGUCUAGUCUCUCUAAAACAUCUUGUGAUGAAUAGAGUUGAUCUUUCAGUGGUGGGAUUAGAUUGGAUUAAGAUACUAAACAAUCUCCCAUCCUUGACAGAGUUGCAUAUGUCUUCUUGCAACUUGAUUGGUCCAAUUCCAUCUAUUUCUUUUGUUAAUUCAACAUCAUCACUUGCUGUUAUAGUCCUAAGUGAAAAUAGCUUCAUCAACUCGAAAUUACUUGAUUGGUUGGCUAAUAUCAGCACCCUAGUGACUGUUGAUGUAAGCUAUGCUGGCUUGAGUGGAAAUAUUCCACUUGGUUUUUCUCAGCUUCCGAAUAUGGAAACUUUACGCUUAGGCUGGAAUCACAAUCUCACAGCAAAUUGUUCUCAGUUUUUUGAGGGAAGAUGGGAAAGUAUACAAAUUCUUGAUUUAGCUUACAAUAAGUUGUAUGGGAAAAUUCCUGCUUCAAUUGGGAACAUGUCAUCUCUCACUUACUUAGAUCUUAGUUACAAUAAUGUUCAAGGUGGGAUUCCAAGCUCCAUUGGUAUGUUAUGCAAUUUGGAAUCAUGUGACAUAUCAAACAAUAAUCUAAGUGAGAGUUUGUCUAAUUAUCUUGAAGGAACACAUGGUACUUGUCAUACUAAGGGUCCACUUCCUAGUCUAAAGUCCUUGCAUUUGAGCAAUAAUGAAUUGGUUGGUAUGUUACCAGAAUGGUUGGGUCAACUUAGGAAUCUUGUUGAGCUUAAUUUGGGCUAUAACUUGCUACAUGGUCCAAUUCCAAAAUCUUUAUGGUCAUUACAAAACCUUACAGAUUUAAAACUUGAUGGGAAUAAACUAAAUGGGACUCUCCCUAAUAGUUUAGGCCAACUAUCUAAAUUGUCUUCCUUUGAUGUUUCAUUCAAUCAAUUGAGUGGUGUCAUAACUGAAACACAUUUUCUAAAGCUGCAUAAGUUGAAAUAUGUACAUCUCUCUUCCAACUAUUUUACAAUGGCUUUCAAUUCAAAUUGGACCCCUCCUUUCCAGGCAAAGUAUCUUUUCUUGGGUUCAUGCCGUUUAGGUCCUUCAUUUCCAACUUGGCUAAGAUCACAAAAGGAAGUCAAUUUCUUAGAUUUAUCAAAUUCUACCAUUUCAGGCUCCAUUCCUGAUUGGCUUUGGGAAAUUUCCUCUAAUCUUGUAUUGUUAAAUGUUUCCUUCAAUCAAUUAAAAGGUCAUCUACCAAAUCCAUUCAACAUAGCUUUAUCUAUUGUUGAUUUGAGCUCAAACCAAUUUGAAGGGCCCAUUCCUAUUCCAAAUGGUAACACAGAAUUACUUGUUCUAUCUAACAAUAAAUUCUCUGGUCCAAUUCCAGAUGACAUAGGUGAUUCCCAACCAAACUUGAGACUUCUCUCUCUUUCUACCAACCAAAUAGAUGGACCAAUCCCAAAUUCUAUUGGAAAGAUGCAUAGUCUUGGAGUCAUUGAUCUCUCUAAUAAUAAGUUGGUUGGAAAAAUACCCCUUACCUUUGGAAAUUUUUCUAACUUAAAAGCAUUGGACCUCAGUAAGAAUAGCUUGUCUGGUACUAUUCCUCACAAUUUAGGUCAACUAAGCUCUCUUCAAACUUUGCAUCUAAGUGGCAACAAGCUUUCAGGAAGCAUCCCACUGUCUUUCCAGAAUUUGUCGAGUUUGGAGACACUUGAUCUUGGUAACAACAGAUUAGCAGGAUACAUACCACAUUGGCUAGGGAAUGGUUUGGAGAAUUUAAGAAUUCUUAAAUUGAGAUCAAAUGCAUUUUUCGGUGAACUUCCAUCCUUGCUUUCAAAUUUAAGCUCAUUACAAGUGUUGGACUUGGCUGAUAAUGGAUUCAAUGGAAGCAUUCCUACUAGCUAUGGAUGUUUCAAAGCAAUGUUUCGAGUCCAAAGGGAAAACCGUUAUCUAUUCUAUGGCAAUAGUUUGUAUGACACAUAUUAUAAAGAUAGUUUGGUGUUGAAUGUUAAAGGCCAAGAACAGAAGUACACCAAGACUCUUUCUCUUGUUGUGAGCUUAGACCUUUCUGCCAAUAAUUUGAGUGGAAUACUCCAUUCAGAUUUGACAAAUUUGUUGGGUUUAGAGAUUUUGAAUUUGUCUAAAAAUCAUAUCAGCGGUUUCAUUCCACCAAUUAUUUCAAAGUUGCAACAAUUGUCAUCUCUUGAUCUCUCAAACAAUAGGCUUUCAGGUACCGUUCCUAAUAGCUUGUCAUCACUUUCAUUCUUGGGACAUCUCAACUUGUCAAACAAUAACUUCUCUGGCAAGAUUCCUUACAAUGGCCACAUGACAACCUUUGAAGCUUCAUCUUUUGCUGGAAAUCAAGGCCUUUGUGGCAAACCCCUCGAUGUAAAAUGUCCAAGUGAUAAUGAUACUGAUUUUGAUAAAGAACCAACACUUAAGAAUCAUAAUGAUGAUGAUGAUGGCAGUUUCCUUGAUAAUUGGUUUUAUGUUAGUGUUGGAUUGGGAUUUGCAACAGGCCUUUUAGUUCCUUUUUUCAUGUUGGCAAUGAAAAAAUCUUGGAGUGAAUCUUAUUUCGGCUUUGUGGAGACUGUGGUAGAAAGAAUUCCCUUCUUUGAGCAUAAAAUCAGAAGAGCAAUACAUAAAUGGUCCAAAGGACUUCAUCAUUGAGAUUUGUGAUGACUGCAGCUGUUUUAUUAAGCUUUGUGACACUAGAAUAAUUUUGCUUUGCCAUUUUUCUUACACAGUAAUAAGUUUAUUUUAUGUUUUUCAUUUUCUAGCAUGUACUUCAUUCUAAAUUAGCAAUUAGUAAUUGUUUUUAAUAUGCAUAAUUAGCAAUUAGUAAUGAUUAAGGGCUCAUUUGGUACGUCGUAUUGUAUUGUAUUAAUAUUAUGUAAUACAAUGUUAUGUUUGGUAUUGACUUGUAUUAAUAGAUUGUGUAAAGUUAUGAUAUAUUUUUAAUAAACUCGAUCCCAACAUCGAUUUCAGGUUGGGUCUGAGUCUCGCAUCACAGGUAUAUAGUUUGGGGUGAAGUUUGGGUUCGGGUCCGGGGUUUGGGUUUGAGUCCGGGCUUCGUGUCCAGGUCAGAGCCCGGGUUUGGGUCCCGAGUCCAAAGUCCGAUCUCGGGUCAGGUCCUACGUCCAAGUCCCAGUCUGAAUCCAGGUCUGGUCUUGCAUCCUGGUUCGGGUCCAUGUCCAAAUCUAGUCCCGGCUCUCAGUCCGGUUCGGGUAUCGUGAACCAGGUUCGAGAUUGGGGUUGAUCGCAGAUCUUUGGUAAAUAUUAUUAUACAAAUUAAUACGAACUAUUUGUUAUGUAUUAAAUAAUAGAACUUACAUUGUAUUCAAAUUUUAGUUCGUAGUAAUUAAUACAAUACAUUGUUUUAUUUAAACAUAGUGUUAUUUAUUAUUUAAUACAAUACGGCCCUUAUACGUCUUACCAAACGAGCCCUAUAUAUAUUUUCACAUAAAGUAUAAAGAGACCUGAUUUGCUAACAGGAAUCAGUGCAUGAUAUAAAUAUGAAUUAAAAAUCUAUCGAGUAAGAUGUAAAAGAGUAGCUAUGUAUGGAUUUAAUUAGAUCCUUUUAUCUCUGUAAGUUAUUCUUAUCUUGUAAAUAUUUAAUAUGAAUAUGAACCAGAAAUAAUUAUGGUUGUAAGCUGAU